CGGAAUCACCUGGGAAUUUUGUUUUUGGGCUUAAAGCUUCCAUCUUUCGCUCCAUCAUUAUAUAUAUAUAUAUCUAUAUAUGUGUAUAUAUAAUACAUUCAUUUAUAUUCGCUCAAAGAUUUCCCAAAAUAACGAAUUUCAUUUCUGUAGACGGGAUCUUCAAUUCUGAGUUCUUUUUCCCGGCACUUUUUCUUUGUUUCUUCUUCGAUAGCGACGCCGAAAUCAGAGAAAUACAGCGAAGAACUUUAGCUUAUGGGUCGGCCUCCCAGCAAUGGAGGCCCUGCCUUCCGUUUCACGGCUUCCGAGGUCGCAGAGAUGGAAGCUAUAUUGCAAGGACAUAAUAAUACCAUGCCAGCUCGGGAAGUUCUUGUUGCUCUUGCUGAGAAGUUUAGUGAAUCAGUAGAACGGAAAGGGAAGAUUGCUGUGCAAAUGAAGCAAGUUUGGAAUUGGUUCCAGAAUAGACGAUAUGCUAUCAGAGCAAAGACAACCAAGGCUCCUGGAAAGUUAGCCGUCUCUCCAAUUGUCCAAAUUGAGUCAACACCUGUGAGAAAUGUGCCUCAAACCAUAGUUGUUCCUGCUCCCGUACCAGUAGGUUCUGCUAAGGGUGCUCCAGAAAAUCCAUUGUCAGAAUUUGAAGCUAAAUCUGGGAGGGAUGGUGCAUGGUAUGACGUUGCUACCUUUUUAUCCCAUAGAUCCGUGGAAAGUGGUGACCCGGAAGUACUAGUUAGAUUUUCUGGUUUUGGAUCUGAGGAGGAUGAGUGGGUUAAUAUCCGAAGGAACAUUAGACCUCGUUCUUUACCUUGUGAAUCAUCAGAAUGUGUGGCAGUUCUUCCAGGCGACCUCAUCUUAUGCUUUCAGGAGGGUAAAGAGCAGGCACUUUACUUUGAUGCCCACGUGCUUGAUACACAACGAAGAAGACAUGAUGUACGAGGUUGUCGCUGCAGGUUUUUGGUUCGCUAUGAUCACGAUCAAUCUGAGGAAAUUGUUCAGUUGAGAAAGAUUUGCCGUCGGCCUGAAACUGAUUACCGGUUGCAACAGCUUCAUGCCGUAAAUGAAGCAGCAUCCAUUGAGCCCUCAAAGUCUAGCAUGGAUUCUGUACUGCUCAGUGGUCAGAGGAUAAAUUUCGAGACAACACAAAAGCCACUCAACAAGGAUACAACCUUGGUUAUACCAAAUGCAAAUGCCAAUAUAAAUGUCCAUGCCCAAACUAAUACUCAGGAAGCAAGGAAUACUGAAACUAACAGUGCUCCAACGACAUUCAACUCUGGUAUUCACAGUGCUCCAACCACAUUCAACUCUGGCAACCCUGCAGGUGGCUCUGCAUUCUCGGUUGGUAUCGUGACGAACACUGUUUCUGGUGGGUCAGCUGACAAUGUGUCUGAUGGGAAGUUACUUAGUUGAUUAUGGGGAAAAAUAAAUUUCUCCAUCAGUCUAAUUUUAACUGAACCUAUCAAUUUAAAAUUUUGCCUGACUCGUUUAUUUAGGAUGAGUAAAUACCUAGCAAAGUCUGUUCUUUUUGCCCCAUGUUUCAAAGUUAUAGGUUCCCAUCCACUUGCUGUGAAUGCUGAAUGUUCUUGACGGAUGAAAAAUGCAGGAGUCACGCCUCGAGUGUAGUAUCGAACAGGUCAGAGGCAUCAUCUCUCUUGUUUUAACUUUUUCUUCUCUGCUUAGCCAAACAUGGCUCUACACUUGCACAAUCCAUACUGAUAACAUAGUUUACUGCUAAUGAUACUGUAACAAUCGAAAAAGGACACUCUCGAGUUGAAUGGCAUGCGAAAACUGGACUUGUUCAUGUACCUUUUGCUGAAGGGCACAUUACAUGAAACUUUAAACAUACAUACACAUAUUCAUAUCAAUAGUAAUUUUCUUCUUUCUUCCUUCUGUUCUUCUAUCUCUGGUGACCCUUUUAGGAUCUCUGAGAAGUAUUCCUCAGAGAAGUAUCUAUUCAAGGGAUUAUCAAGGAGGAAUGGGGAAGUGAGGGGAUAAGGCAAUGAUUUGAAAACCACCCGAUGGGAUUUGGAUUGAGUGACUGAUUGAAUUUGGAAAUUGGAGUAAGGGAAGCAAAAGUUCUUCUCUUAUCUUUCAUGAGAAGGGUAGAAACUCUGUUCUGUUCGAGACAAGGCCUUUCAGACUGCCUCUCUCAAGGAUUUGAGGAGACUUGACUUUGAGGCUACGCCUCGACCUUUUUCUUUUCUUCUUCUUCUAAUAGUACAAAAACUGCAGGAAUGGAGGAUCGAACCUCCGACCGCAAGGAAGGAAGGUCACGCCCAUUAUCGUUAAGCUCUUUGACGCCUCCCCGUUUGUCAUAAUUUUAAAACUGUAUAUAUAAUAUCCUUGGAAUUAUGUAGCCCCAAUUCUAUAUAGACAUUUUGCUAGGUAAAAAUCUAAGAUUCUAUAUACAAAUUUUGCUAUAUUACCGUUAAGCUAAUGCUAGGUAAAAAAUUUACCCCUUAAAA